CCGCCCGGCUCCCCAUCCCCGCUCGCUGCCGGACUAGGAAUGGGCAGGAGGAGCUCGCCCGUUGCCCUCCUGGUGGCCCUGUGGCUCGGCCAGCUGGCUACGUGGGCAGCGGGACGCCCCAAGGUGAACCCCAGGAUCAUCGCGGCUCCCCAAGGUGCCAAGGAAUAUGUGUUCCCACGGACGGAGAGAUUCCCGGUGUUCUUCCACCAGGAAAACACCUCCUCCAUCUACGUUGGGGGUGAGGGGAGGCUCUACUACUACGACUUUGCGACCCGUGAGAACUACACGGAAGAGUUCCCGGUGAAAAAUGAAGGCCAGUGCGUGACGUCUGGGAAUUUGGAGGACAGCCGGAAUUACCUGACCCUGGUGGAGCAGUACGGGGACGGGCUCUUGGUGUGCGGGACCGGCGCCUGCGCUCCCACCUGCUGGAAUGUGACGCAGAGGAAAGAGAGCCCGCCCUGGGAUGGGAGAGGGAUCGCUCCGUUUACCCCCGACUCCAACACCCUCGUUGUUGUCGAUGGCCAGGACAUCUACUCCACCAUCAAGAAGAGCCAGCAGAACGGGAAAAUCCCUCGAUUCCGGCGCGUCAGGGGAGGAGGAGAGCUCUACACCAGCGACACGGUGAUGCAGAACCCGCAGUUUGUCAAGGCCACCACACUGAGGCACGAGGAGCCUCACCAGGACAAGAUUUAUUACUUCUUCCGCGAGGACAACCCGGACAAGAGCCCCGAGGCGCCCCGGAACAUCUCGCGGGUGGCCCAGCUGUGCAAGGAGGACAAGGGAGGAACCAGCUCCCUCUCAGCCUCCAAGUGGACCACGUUCCUCAAGGCCACCCUGAUCUGCGUGGACCCCGUCACCAAGGGCAACUUCAACUGGCUGCAGGACGUCUUCUUUGUCCCCGCGGACGACUGGCGGCGCUCCAAGGUCUAUGGGCUCUUCACCAACACCUGGGGAAGCUCUGCUGUCUGCGUCUACUCCUUCGGGGACAUCGACAACGUCUUCCAGACCUCGCGGCUCAAAGGCUACAACGGCCCCACCCCGGAGGUCAAACCUGGCCAGUGCGUCCCCUCCGGGCAGCACACGCCGAGCGAGACCUUCAAGAUUGCCGACAGCCACCCCGAGGUGGAGGAGCGUGUGGAGCCGCUGUCCCCCUCCAGGAGCCCCCUGUUCCACAACAAACACCGCUACCAGAGGAUCGGCGUGCACGAGGUCGCUGCGGGUGACGGGCAGCGCCACAACGUCCUCUACCUGGCCACAGACAAGGGGUCCAUCCACAAGGUGGUGGAGCUGCCAGACGGCGUGCAGAACAUCAUGGAGAUCCAGGUGUUCCCCAACAAGGAUCCCAUCCAGUCCAUGAUCCUGGACCACGCCAGGGCCGUGCUCUACGUGGGCUCCGGCAGCCGCGUCCUGGAGCUGCCCAUGGACAUGUGCGGGGCCUACCGCAACAACUGCCACAGCUGUGUGCUGGCCAGGGACCCCUACUGCGGCUGGGCCAACGGCUCCUGCCUCUCGCUGGCCCACAGCCGGGAGGUGCUCCAGAACCUGAACUUGGACUCGUGGCGAGGAAGCUGCCAGAGGGGCGAUGUCAAGGAAGGUGACUUCCGCAACAUCUCGGUGAUGCCCUACUCCCGCUAUUACCUCAACUGCUCCAUCGAGUCCCACUACGCCACCUACAACUGGUACCACGAGGACGUGCUCAUCAAGAGCUGCAACACGUCCCACCCGCAGCACGACUGCUUCCACUUCAUCCCCAGCGUCCGCCGCGAGCACUACGGCCACUACGUCUGCGUGUCCGAGGAGGACGGCUUCCGCCAGGCUCUGGUCAAGGAGCGCCUGCUGGACCGCCUGCGCUUCCUGUCCCAGCGCGGCCGCGCUCCGGCCACUCUGGCCUCGUGGCUGCAGCUGCUGCUCGCUGUGCUCCUGGCCGAGCUCUUCCACUGAGGCCCUGCCCGCUGCCGCCGUUCCCGCGGCUCCCCCGGAGCCCUUCGCCUUCCUCGCCGCGGGCCUCGCUGGCGGAGCCUCGGGAGGAGGGCGCGACACGCGGUGGCCGCUCCGCUGGCCGGCCAUGCAUGCGCUGCUCCCCAGGGCGCGGCCACUCCUUGCAUGUGAUGAAGAUGAGGAGGAGGAGGAGGAGCCGGCCCUCGGCCUCCGGACCGCGGGAUCCCCGCGGUUUUGGCGGAUGAUGUCGGGGUUGGCAGCAGCUGCGACAUCCCCGGCGUCACUCGCGAGUCCCCUCCGGCUCCGGAGGGCUCGGAGGCUCCAGGGGGGGCUCGGUUCGUUGUUUUUGUUUUCUGUUUGCAGCCGGCUUUGGUGUGGGAGGGAUGUCGGGAAUCGGCGCCGCGUUGGGAAUUUGCAUGGAAAAGCCUUGGAAGGUGACUGGAUUUGGGGUGUGGGGACGGGAAAGCGGGAGCGCAGAGCCCGGAGCGGGGCGGGAGGCGCUGGGCAGACGCUGGAGACGCACAAGCCCUCUGCAGGCGGCUGAGGGGCCGUGCCCACUCCCACCCCAGCCCGGGAGUCCUCAGGGAAAGCGGCCGCGGAUCUCAGGGCACCGGGGGUGGCUGCGCCUGUCCCCGGCUCUGCCCCUGUCCCCCGAGCCGGGCACGGGCCGGGCCCGGGCUGCGCUUCCCCCGCGCUUUCGGAGGUCUCGGAGCGAGACUAAACUGUGAAAACCGGGAUUUUCCCCCUGAAAAAGGGGGGGGGGUCCCUCUCCUUGUCCAAACCUUGCCCAGCCCGGAACGGCCCGGCCUCGGGCGGGGACACCCUGGGGACACCCAGGCCGUGCUUCCAAUGCCUGUCCUGGCUCCUGCUCGCUCAGGAGCGGCCUCGGGGCCUCAUCCACACCCCACGGACAGAGCUUCCUACUGCACUACAUCCCUGAGAUGCUCCCCAGCCCAGGACAGAGCUCCUCACAGCCCUUCUCAAAGCACUUUAACUCUGUGGACUAACAGAUAUUUAUUAUUAUAUCGACUGCUCGUUACUGUCUUGUAGGAUUUUAUAAUAUUACAGCAGGCGGGGGCGGACUGCAGGAGAGGAAAAUUCAAAUAAUAAUAAUAAAAAAAAAAAGCAAAAAAAAAACAAACCCCACCACGACAGCUACCAAAAAAAAAAAACCACCCCCCAACCCUUUCAGACCUGUAACCAAAGCGGAUGGUCGGAAUAAAGAGUGGAAAAAAAGGAGGGAGAGCGCCGUGGUUCUCACUGGGAAUGGUCGGGCCAGGGUCUCCCCUCGCCUUUUCCCACCUCCUGCUCUCUCCAGCCCUGCUUUUGCUGCUCCUGAUCCAGGCCAGCGCCUUCCAGCGGCAAAUUCCCGCUGGAAAACCCAGAGGAGGGAUGGGAACCGUCUCCAGAUUUUGGGGAAAAGCGAGCUGAGGGUCGCUGCUGUGAGGAGAAAGGGCCGGGCAGGGAAUGGGAAUUCGGGAUUUUAAAAGGCAGGAGAGAACAACAUCCCAAAGGCAGAGCCCACCCAAAACUCACCGCAAUUCCCGGUGCUCCUCUUCCCUCCUGGAAAUAUUUGGGGAUGGAAAUGUUCGGGAGCCCGGUGCCGCAGAGCUGGGGUUGCUGAUCCUCACGGUGGGGAGGUUUGGCAGCCGAAGGUGGUACCUUUCCCUGCCUCCAUCCCUUUUAUUUUGGCACAGAAUUCCCUCUGGCGCCGGCGGCCUGCGGGAAGGGAGGAGUCAGGAGCCGGGAGUCGGGAGUGGGAAUUUUGGGGUAGGAACUCAGAGCAGCCCAGCGCCCAGAGCUGUUCCCAUUCCCAGCUCCACCGUGGAUCCACCGGGAUCCCAAAGCUCCAAAAUCCCGCUCUGAAAGCCCGGGGAAAGGUUUGGGAGCACGGCACAGGUGACGGACACACGGCGUCCCCCUCGCCACCCCAGAUUUUUCCUGAAUUCCCCGAGAAAAGCAGCAGAGCCCGAGCCCCGCGGGUCCGGUUUAUCCCGGGACGCUUCUCCCAGCCCCCGCCCGCUCCUCAAAUCCAAAAAUCCGGGAGCCUUGGGAUUGAGUGUGGAGUUUCGGGGUUGCCCAAGGGGGAGCCGCGAUGUCACCGCACCUCGUUUGUCCCAGGGGUUAUUUUGGGAUCUGAGCUCUCCCAGGAAUCUCGGGUAUUCCCAGCACCAGCUUUUCCAGGUUUUCCCGACACAGGCGGAGCAGCCUCAAACAAAAACCACCAGGAGCUUUUGGAGUUUGGAGUUUUUUCCUCCCCCAGCGGCGUUUUUGGGGGUAUUCCAGCCUGGGCGCUGCUCCGGGAGGAGGAUUUGCCAUGCGGGACCAUCCUGUACCCCACGGACGGGAUGUGGGAGCACUCCGGGAACCUUUUCCCGCUGCGAUUGGGGUGCGGAGCCAUCCCGGGAGGGGCCGCUGGCACCGGGAUCCCCCUGGAUUCAGCAGAGCCGGGAUUGCAGGGAUGGACAGGAGCUGCCGUAUCCCGGCCUCGCCUUCCCAUCGAAUCCAUCCGUGGCUCCAUCCAGGGAUUCCAAGAGCCUGGGAUGAGGUUCCUGAAGCCC